GAUAGUGUAGUCACGAUAGUGUACUGCACAGGCGCCAGGUGCCAUAUUUUGGUGCUGCGAUGUUGACUGUUGGGUUGCCAAGCCGCAGAGCCUGGACCUUGCUUUUGGGGAACAGGCCCCUGGUCCCCCACUUCCCCACUGUCGUGGUGCUACCUAGCAAGUAGCAACAGCUGGAUUCCCGAUCUCGAAGCUCAGCCCAACCUCCAAACAUCACACACUUUGCCUGCCCAUCACCAUCCCGCCGCUGUGUUGGGUGUUUUAUUAGCUCGCAAUGCAGUCCGGCAUCUCAGCUUCACAGGAGCUGGUCUCCCAGUUUAGCGAAUUCCUCGCCUCCGAAUCCCACUUCGGCCUGCUCGUCACCAUCGCGUCCGAGAAGCUCCAGCCGCUUCAGCUCCUGACCUCGUCCCUUGGCGCCCCCUUCGCCGACAAUGUCAAUUCUCUCCUCAAGCCCCACGUCAAACUCAAUGAAGCUCUCUACGUGAUCCUUCGCCGCUAUCCCUCCAGCCCGGCUCUGGUGGGGGUUACCUAUGUUCCAGAUACCGCUCCCGUUCGCCAAAAGAUGUUGUUCGCCUCGACGGAGCGCACUCUGGUUCGGGAGCUGGGUACGGAGCAUUUUCGGGAAACCUUUUUCGCGACCUCACCCGACGAGCUCACCCCGGCUGGCUUCGAUAAACAUGACGCCCACUCGGCCGUCGAGGCUCCUCUGACGGAAGAGGAGAGGAGUCUGAGCGCUGUCCGGAAGGCAGAGCAGGAAGCCGGUCAAGGCACGGGCACUCGCGAGAUUCAUCUCAGUCAAAAUCUGGCUACGCCUAUCGCCGAAAACGCGCUGGAUGCGCUGAGGGAACUGGGAAGCGGGAGCGGGCCAUCAUUGGUUAUGCUGAAAAUUAACCCCCAGACCGAGUCCGUCGAACUUGUCCCCGAAAACUCGAACCCGUCUUCGAUUUCGGAAUUGCUGCAAGUUAUCUCGUCUACUGAACCCAGGUUCACCUUUUACAGGUUUAAUCAUACCCACAACGGAGAAGAGAGCAGUCCUCUGCUGUUCUUCUACACAUGCCCGGCCUCUCCAGGCACGAAAGCCAUCAAAUUCCGAAUGAUGUACCCGCUGAUGAAGCGCGCUGUGUUGGCUGCUGCUGAGAAAGAGGCUGCUUUGAAGCCCGUGAAGAGGUUCGAAGUCGAGGAAGUUGACGAACUUAGCGAGGCCACCGUGUUGGAAGAGCUGCACCCGAAGGUCGAGGUAAAGAAAGCCUUCGGCCGGCCCAAGAGGCCAGGUCGCUGAGUUCCUCUUCCCCAGUUCCUAUCUUUUGGAUGUGUCUUUCAGCAGGCCUUAAAUAGCAAUCAUGAGAGGAAAUACCACCAGACUCUUGCACACCAAAGUGCCACCUCUUUU